GGAGUUCGACGUCGAGGAGUACAAGGUCGAGGAGGACGUCGGGGAGGUGGAGGUGCUCCUCGUGCGACACGGGGACGCUUCUCGUGAACUGGUCGUUACCUGCACCACACACACCUCGUCUCGCCCAGGCAGUGCCACGGGGACAGUGCCCGCCACGGUGACGUCCUACUCCGACUACAUCUCCCGCCCUGAUGCUCCCGCCUCCCUAGUCAAGUUUGGCCCUGGAGAGCGAGAAUCCGUGUGUCGUAUAGUCAUAAUCGACGACUCUCUCUACGAGGACGAGGAAGCCUUCAGGGUCGUGCUGAGUCGUCCCAUGGGAGGCCGCCUUGGCCACAACGACAACGCCACCGUCACCAUCCUCCCAGACCACAAGGAUGUUCCAGCAAUCUUCUUCGGUGAAUCUGUGUACCACGUGGACGAGUCUGUCGGGUCAUUAGAGGUCACUAUCUGGCGGUCCGGCACUGACCUCUCACGUGAGGCUACCGUGCAGGUGGCCUCCAGGGCUCUCAGCCCUCCCCAGGCACAAGCCGGGUACGACUAUGUGGCCGUGGGUCGUCAGGUGGACUUCCGCUCCGGCGUCAGAGUACAGAGUGUGACGCUGACGGUGAUGGACGACCUGGGGAGGCCGACGCUGGAGGGAGUCGAGGCUCUCACUCUGCUGCUACACCUCCCUUGCAACGCCUCCCUCGGGGACCCCGCAGUUGCCUCUGUCCUCAUCAACGACUCUCUCUCCGACUUGCCUAAAUUCGAGUUCCGGGAAGAUAAUUACACUGGAUAUGAAGGCGGCGGGACAGUGACGGCCUGGAUCACCCGGGGCGGUGACCCCUCCCACCCAGCCUCCGUCAGGUGCUUCACGAGGCAGGGCACCGCGCGCGUCACCGAGGACUUCGACGAGCGGCCCGACGCUGAAGCCUCGUCAGUCCACUUCCAGCCAGGGGAGCUGGAGCGGCCGUGUAUGGUAAUCAUUGUGGACGACGACGUAUAUGAGGGGCGGGAGCAGCUCCACCUGGCGCUGGGGUCGCCUGCUUCACCUUCAGCGGGCGGUGCGCGCCUUGGUCCUCACACAACCACCACUAUCUUCAUCAACGACAAGGCCGAUAAGACGACGGUAGGCCUGGAGGAGUCGCGUGUGAGCGUGGAGGAGCCCGAAGUAGCAGGGGAGGAGAGGGUAGUGAGGCUCGUGGUGUUCCGUACCGGGGACACCUCCACCAGCGUCGCCGUCAGGAUCCACACUAAGGACGGCUCGGCCACCUCCGGGAAGGACUACUUCCCUGUCAGCAAGGAAGUGGUGUUUGCCCCCAACGUGACACGAGUGAUGGUUGAAGUGACAGUUCUUGGAGACGCCGAGAAGGAGCAUCGGGAAGCCUUCACCGUCCAUCUCAAGCCUCUGAGAGGCUCCUUUUCCGCCUCCAACGCCGACAUUACCACCUCCAAAGCCAUUGUUUACAUAGAGGAGAUGAACAUCGUGGCUGAUGUGACCUUCCCAGCACCGCCUGUACUGGUCUCUCUCAGGGACUACGAUGUAGCCUCUUCUGCUCCAGCCCCCAUCCCGGGCUACCCCAUAAUCUGUGUUACGGCAUGCAACUCUAGGCACCCGGAUUUCGGAAGGACAAGUGGCCUCUGCAGCAGCGAGGGCGUCAACGACAGCUUUACUACAUUUCGCUGGAAGGUGGCCGCUCCCUCGGGCCUCGACGGCUUCCACAACGACCUCAAGGACGUCUCUUCGGACACCUUCUUCACCAGCACACGUACCAUCACCCUGGAUAGUAUUUACUUCUCAGCUGGAAGUCGGGUUCAGUGCUUGGCGAGGGCUCACUCGGGUGACGGGGAGGCCGGCCUCGAGCUGGCCUCCCGCCCCGUGACCGUGGCCUGGGAGGGAGGUCUCUGUCCGCCUAGGAAAAAGGGCACCUUUGGAGCCGACCCCUUCACUGCCAAGCUUCAGUACACAGGAACCAGGGACCCCAGUCACGCCAACAUGGUGCGCCUGGAGGUGGUCAUCCCGCACAGGGACGGUAUGGUCCCUGUUCUUUCCACCCGUCAACUCGUCAACUUCCAGCUCACGCUGUCCAGGGACGGUAUCCGCAUUGGCAACCACCGUUGCUCCAACCUGCUCGAUUUUCACGAGGUGAGGACGCAGCGUGGGUUUGUGACUAACAUGACCCGAGGACCCGAGGUGCUGGAGGAGCUGGAACCCUACCAACACUCUCUCUCCCUACGCUCGCCCCCGACGCUCAGGUUCUACCGAGCGCUGGAGGUGGAGGCGUGCGUGUGGCGGUGGGUCGGGUACUACACCAUGACGGAGCUGGUGUCGCAGUGUGGGGGCGUGGUAGCCACCGAGGGUCAGGUGUUGGACGCCGUGCAGAGCUUCGUCAGCGUCCUCGUGCCUCUCUAUGUCUCCUACGUCUUCCACUCUCCCGUAGCCACAGGAGGCUGGCAGCACACAGACCUCUCCACCCGUCUAAGCAUGAGCUUUGUUUACGACACCGCGAUCCUCUGGAGGCAAGGUAUCGGAGCCCCCGCGGAGAGUGAACUCGCUGGCGUCCUGUACCCGACCUCCAUGAGGCUUCGUCCUGACGGCCGUCUGGUGGUCACCUGCCGCACCCAGCCCAGGUUCCGAGGGAUAUUCGUAGAGAAACACAAGGCGUCAGAACACAUCAGCUCUGUGACCAGUGAUGACCACCCUGACCUGACCUUCAGCCUUGACCUCCUCCGCUCCCAACCCACAUAUGCUCACCCAGAACAACACUGGCAGUUCGUCUCAAACUUCGCGGUUCGGGACUACAGUGGGUCUUACGUCGUACAUCUCCUGGCGUGUACAGUGGUUGAGGAUGUGCUGUUCUCCCAACCCCUCGUCUGCAACCCCAGACAUCUCAUUCCAUUCCUCCUUCAGGUUCGCUUCCAACAAGUGUCCGACCCUGUGCCAGAGCAGUUCACCCUCAGUACACUCUUCCACCUAAUGAGACAGCGAGAGCUGUGGCUCUCCGAUCUCACCACCGACUUCGAGGCUGAGUCUGAUGUCUCCUUCUUUCCUGGUGACAGGAUCUACGGGCGCGUGAUGAUCAACCCAGUGCAGGCUCUGGGGGCGGGCUUCCGCGUCACACUGGAGAAAUGCUUCGUGUGUACGGGCGUCGACGGCUAUGUCCCCAAGUACAACCCCGAGACGAGCGAGUAUGGCUGCGUCGCCGACUCUCCCAACCUCCUCCAUAACUUCAAGAUUAUUGACCGCGGGGCGCCAGAGACGGUCAGUCAGGAGUACCUGAAUGUGGGUUUCAACGCUCGCCUGGCCAUCGAUGACCCAGAGCCUGAUGUAAUUAGGCUCCUUAACCAGCCUGGUGCUGAUGGCUUCUCUCUGGAUUCCUCUCCGCUCUUCCAGGAAUCCCACGGGCGACAGUGGUUUGUGCACUGCAUCUACACAGUCCUCUCGGAAGAGAAGGCAGCACGAGGUAUUGGUAAGAGGGAUGUCACCGCUCAAGCAGCAAGUUACCACCACGCCCUCAGUACGGUGAAUGAUAUCUUCCCCUGGGCUAAUCGGUCACACUUGAAGUAUAGAUUCUCGAGCUCAUAUGGGAAUGUCUUGCGUUCAUCCCAUGAUUCUUCAAAUUUUGAAAAAGAUAGCAAACAUGCAGAUCUUGCGUCUGAGGGAGACGCCAGGGUGAAGAGGGCUAACUUAGAGUCACUCCCUGGGAGGAACAACGGAAGAGGCACCAACAUGCAUUGCCUGGCACUGCAGCCCAGACGGCACACCUCAGGGUCCAGCCUUCACAAUCAGGGUUCCGAGUUCCGUCAUAUAGGUGUGGUGUCGGGUGUGGGGUGCGUGGUCGUCUUCUUGACCUCCAUUGUCGCUAUGGUCGUCGUCAGGAGUCGUCGUGGAGAGGUCAUCUCGUCUGGGUACAUAGCUGUCUCACCCGCCACCACCAGCGGCCACGUUGGGGAGACCCGUUAUUACCACACAUGUGAAGAAAAUACUGAGGUGUAAGAGAAAUGUUAAAAGUAGAAAACUGGAUUCAAAUUUGAAGAGUAUCAAGUGUUGAGGCUAUCACCCAGUGAUACCAAAGUUGAAAUGUUAACCAAUACAUGUUAAAAUGCAUCUUGCGUCUAAGUUGCCUAAGACACCAAAGGAGCUAAGAAAUUAGUGCUGAUUCUUCGGAAGGUUUAAGUUUCUUUUUGUUUUGUGAGAUUUCCGACAUCACUUACAUGUGAUACUGUCAUAUGACACUGUCUCUGAUCAGAAUUACAUUUCACCAUUAUAAAUUCACAUUAAUGCAUGCAUAAAUCUGUGUUUCUAUGUCUUUACAUAUGUAGCUUAGCCUAACAUUUUAAAAGCACUACGAUCACCUUCUGUGAUUGUUCAAUAAAUCUCUGAACUGUAUGUUUGACAAAUCUCUCACCUUGUCCAUGGAGGACAGAAGAAAAUGUAUAUAUGCUAGUUAGCAUUGUAAAUGUCUGGCCACGUCUGUGGUAGAAAAUAAUAAUAAUAAAACUGCCCCAUGACACUGCCAUAUGAUACUUCCAUAUGACACUUCUCUAUUGCACUGCCAUGUACUUGUUAUUGCCAUAGAUAUUUUGUACCUUUUAAGUGUUUCACUGUUUAUUUACUUUAUUGUCCAAGCACAAGUAUUACUAAAGAUUGUUCAUUGUUCAUCAAGUCUAUAUGAUAGAAUGUAUUUUCUUCAAUAUGUCAUCUGUGAUUAUAUGUCAUGCAAAUAAAAGAAGUUAUGCAGUAUAUUAAAAAAAUCAUAAGUGUUAUAUCAACAUCGUUAGCCCACGUUUGUCCCGCUGGGAAAGCAUUAUAUGCUCGAGGAGCGUUGAAUUUACGCUGAUUAAUUGUUAUGUUAACGUCAUAUAAUUAAAUUUGCCCCUGGUGAGGGUUAUGGCCAUGGCGUUAGAGCUGCCUUGGUGGCGUCUAGCGCACGACAACCUUAUUGUAUAAUGGUUGAAUAGAAUAAUAACAUAGUACAUAUUUCUAUCUGUUAUUACCAAACAUGCAAAGACUACUUGAUGGUAAGGGCAUCAUUAUACCUCAGGCAUCUCGUCGAUCGUUCUUGUUCAAAAUAAUAUUUAAUAUUUUUUGUACAACUUUAACCUAUUUAUCAAAUAAUGCUUUGUGCUUUAGUUAGUUUUUAUUCUUAGAGUACCACGGCAUGUAGUGAUUUUGUAAGUUUUUUUGUGUGAAAUUUGCCUUAUUUAUGAAGAUGUUUCUCGAAUUAACUUACUAUGGUUAAGAGGCUACAGAGAAUAAUUUUAUAUAUCUCAAAUUUGAGUUUAAUAUUUAUAACAUAGAUUGAAUUUUUUGUUGUAUUGAUUUAAUGUGUAAUUUUCUUCAUAGUUCACUUUGUAUAUGAUAAUUUUAGUUUUGAAUACUGAUAGGUCAACUUAAGACAAGUAUAACACCAUUAGUGAUAGUGAUAUGACAGCCCAUCCCCCUGUUUUGUUAGUACUUAUAGUAACGAUGAAGACCAUAGUAUAUAUACCGACGUACAACGCAAUUAGAAAAGUAGAAAUCGGUACUAUUGGACAAACCGGAAAACGAUUUUCUACUUAUGUUGCAAAGA